GGUUUGAAUUCAAAGUUCUCCACCUACUCCCCGCCCGCAUGUCCGUUCAGUGACACAAAAGGGCUGACGAAGAGCUCAGUGCAGGAGAGACAUGCAGCAGGUUGUUUAGCUCCAGUCCACGAUCCCACGUGUUCGUGUGCGGUGCAGCAUGAGUGCGGAGUGCAGCAGCUACACGACCGCUGAGGGUGCGUUUAUGGACGGAUUCUCCUGCCCCAAACCUGGAAGUGCUGCUGCUGCCGUCUACUGCUGCGGAUUCAAUGAUCUCAAGUACUGCUGCGACGAUCCCAACAGUUUUUUCCCUUAUGAAUAUGGAUACAUGUGGUGGCUGAGUAUCGGUGCACUGGUUGGUCUGUCUAUUGCAGCAGUGGUUCUUCUUGCAUUCCUUAUCACCGUAUGUGUCCUCUGUUACCUCUUCAUUGUCACCAAACCCAGUCGUCCUGACAAUGGCUUACCCCUCAGAGCGCCAGCAGAUCCCGGUGAGGGGUCCAGUCGUGGCAGAGCGACCCAGGCUUCUGGGCCACAGGGUUUCAGAAAACACUUCAUGAGCAGAAAGCUGGACUGUGAUAACCCACCGCCAGACCCUGGCCGUCUGUUCCAGAGAUGCUUUACGGCAACAGUGACUGUUGUAAAGGUGGAAAGUCCAUAGAUCACAAGGACCA